AUGGCUGUAUCCUACUACGAUGAAAUUGAGCUAGAAGAUAUGGAAUUUGACGAGGCGCGUCAAGCGUUUACGUUUCCAUGCCCAUGUGGAGACAAAUUUGAAAUUACGUUGGCACAGCUUAAGGACGAAGAAGAUAUUGCGCGAUGUCCGAGCUGCACGUUAAUUAUCCGUGUAAUUUACGAUCCGCUUGACUUGGAUCUCUGA